AAAAAAGUUGUUUACAUACAAAAGUCAAGCAAAAUAUUGUAAUUAAUUGUUUUAAUGCUAAUUAAGGAAUUUUAAUUGUUUUAAUGACUUAACAUUGAUUGAUUUUCAACUGGAGUACGCAAUAAGCAUGGAGUCAAAUCAGGAAAAUACCCAGAAUAAUGAAAAAUCAGCAACAAAGAAAAUUUGUUAUUGCGGAAAAGAGAGGAAUUUAAGUAUUGUAGAAGUAGCUUGUGCAAGUUGCAAUCGCUUCUUUCACGAAUCAUGUAUAGGAUAUCAAAUUGGCAAAAUCCUGAGUUUUUCAAUGAAUUACAUCUUCACCUGUAAGUUAUGCUCACCAACAGGACUAGAAACUUAUCGUAGAACUUCUGCGACUAUUGUUCAAAUGUGCAUAACGGCAAUAGCAAAUUUACAGCGAAAAACUGAAAAGGAUGGAAAUCCAAAGUAUUUCUUCAAUAAAGACGAUAUUGUUACGUUCAUUGACAUGUAUUGGGAAUCUAUAACUACAUUGCCGAGAAAGCAAACUAAUGCUUGGCAUUUUAACAUAAUCAAAACUCUUCAAUCUCAUCAAAAUCUGUUUGCAUGUCAGGAUAAUGACGGCGAAGCAUAUUUUGGAUUAAUCAAUAACGAUUUAACAGUCAUUAAGCCACAGUAUGAUUCAAAACUUGGACAAAAGGAUGAUGGUAGCCAAAAUGUUUCUAAAGUUGGGCGUCAACCAAAACGGAAGUUGACUGAUCCGACCACUGGAACCGGAAAAAAAGGAAGACCAGCUGCAUCUGAUUUAUCAGUGGCAGUGAAACUUCCACAACAUGGAUAUCCUCUUGAUCAUCCAUACAAUAAAGAAGGAUAUCGUUACAUUCUUGCCGAGCCAGAUCCACACGCUCCAUUUAGACAGGAAUAUGAUGAGUCACCAGAUUGGGCUGGAAAACCGAUUCCGGGAUGGUUAUAUCGUGUGCUGACACCUAAUUCUGUUCUUGUUGCUCUUCAUGAUCGUGCCCCUCAAAUGCGAGUUUCUGAAGAUCGUCUAUCAAUAACUGGCGACAAGGGCUACUGCACGACAAGAUGUAGUCACUUUGUGUCUCGAGGCGCAUACUAUUGGGAAGCAACAAUUGAAGACAUGCCAGAUGGAUCUGCUACUCGAAUUGGAUGGGGUCAAGAAUAUGCAAAUCUUCAAUCGCCUCUUGGAUAUGACAAAUUUGGUUAUUCGUGGAGAUCUCGUAAAGGAACAAAAUUUCAUGAAUCACACGGCAGGCAUUACAGUGAAGGAUAUGGAGAAGGUGAUACUCUUGGCUUUCUAAUUGAUCUUCCUGAACAAGAAGGGAUUCGUUAUUUGCCUAAUACAUACAAGGAUCGACCAUUGGUUAAGUUUAAGAGCCAUCUCUACUAUGAAGAUAAGGAUAAAGUCAGCGAUUCCUUGAAAAACUUAAAAAUUCAUCCAAAAAGUAAAAUUUACUUCUUUAAAAAUGGAAAAUGUCAAGGAGUUGCUUUUGAGAAUAUUUACAGCGGCUCUUAUUAUCCAUCUGUGUCACUUCACAAAAAUUCAACAGUCAGCUUAAACUUUGGUGCUGAAGGUUUCAAAUAUCCUGAAAUAUUAAAAGAAUACAAUUGUAAAGCUAUGCAUGAGCGCGUUGAAGCUUUCAUCUGCGAACAGACUAUGGCUGAUCUCUUCUUUUUCACUGAAAAUGAUGGCAAAUUGAGGUUGUAAUUUGUUAGGAUUAAAUGCUAAUAAAAUGAUGUCAUUAAAGAAUGAAAUUUUUGGUACCCAUUUAAGUUCAUAUCUCACCUACAUGUUAAAUGACUUCAAUCUAGUCCGAAAGACUAGACCAUGUUUGAUAUCAAAGAAAACGCAGCAUUAAUGCCAACACAACUUCUGUAAACCCUCAAAAAAAUUAUGAUAUUCAAUUUGAGUUUCCAUAAAAAAAUAUACAAAAUAUAAUAAACAAAGCCAUCAAAAGAGAAACUCACUUAAGCUACCCGCAUGACAUGCAUGACAAGAAGCUGUCCUAGUGUAAAAAGCAUAAUGAAAUGAAAUGAGAUGAUUUUAUUUAGCG